CCCUGUCAAAGGAGCCCACUUUGAAAAGUCACGGGCAGCGUCCUCUCUGCCUCUCCAGAUGAGCUGCACUUGCUCGUGAACUCUGAUUCGCCGAGGAGGCUGCGGACGCCCCGCCCACCGGGGCUCGGCCGCCGCCUCUGAUUGGUCCCUCCCGUCGCCCGUCUUGGGGACAUCGAGAGAGGCACGAGUUGGCCUGAAAGCCUGCGCUGGCCGCUCCUCAGUGUCGGACACGCAGUGGGAAAGAGCAGGUCCCGAUGCACAAGUCACGGCAGCCCUGGGCGGAGAUGAAGGCGGACUCCGACCGGCUCUGAUUUUUCAAAGCCCUUUUCAUUCAGGAGCUUGCUUGCCCAUAUGGCCAUCGAUAUGGCAGAUCCGUUAUCCCCGGGACCCACCGUUGCAAAAAUGGCGUCACUUAGCCGGGUCCGAGCUUUGGCGAUGAUUUUCCUAACUGUCACUGGCUGCUGUGUCACCCCGACAAGUGGCAAGGAGGGCUCCGAGGAGACCGUCAUCAUCGGGCUCCGGCUGGAGGACACGGACGACAUUUCCUUCAUGGAUAAAGGCUACCUGCGGGUGAGCGAGCGCUCUCGGGUGAAACUGCGGGUCUACGGGCAGAACAUCAACAACGAGACCUGGUCCAAGAUCGCCUUCACGGAGCACGAGCGGAGCCGGGCGGCGGGGGGCUUUGACAGCUCCUCCGGGGAUAACCAGAGCCAGGAGGACUCGUCCGGCUCGCAUCCCUGCGGAAUCAGGACUUCGGACAUCAUCAUAUUGCCCAACAUCGUGCUGAAUCGAAAGACGUCGGGCAUCGUGGAGAUCGAGGUCAAGCCCCUGCGGAAGACCGAGCGGAGCAAAGCGUACUACCUUUGCGUCGCCACCUCCACGCCGCCGGUGGCCGGCAUGCACGACCCGUGGACGGAGAACACCUGGAUCUACCACGACGGCGACGACACCAAGGUGAUCGUGGUGGAGGAGAAGAAGUUCCUGCUGCCCUUCUGGCUCCAGGUCAUCUUCAUCUCCAUGCUGCUCUGUCUGUCCGGCAUGUUCAGCGGCUUGAACCUGGGGCUCAUGGCCCUGGACCCCAUGGAGCUCCAGAUCGUGCAGAACUGCGGCACGGAGAAGGAGAAGAACUACGCCAAGAAGAUCGAGCCGGUGCGCAGCCAGGGGAACUACCUGCUCUGCUCGCUGCUGCUCGGCAACGUGCUGGUCAACACCACGCUCACCAUCCUCCUGGACGACAUCGCCGGCUCCGGGCUCAUCGCCGUGGUCAUGUCCACCAUCGGCAUCGUGAUCUUCGGGGAAAUCGUGCCCCAGGCCAUCUGCUCCAGACACGGCCUGGCGGUGGGUGCGAACACCAUCUUCCUCACCAAGUUCUUCAUGCUGCUCACCUUCCCCGCGUCCUACCCGGUGAGCAAGCUGCUGGAUUACCUGCUCGGACAGGAGAUCGGCACCGUGUACAACCGCGAGAAGCUGCUGGAGAUGCUGCGCGUCACGGACCCCUACAACGACCUGGUGAAGGAGGAGCUGAACAUCAUCCAGGGCGCGCUGGAGCUCCGGACCAAGACGGUGGAGGACGUCAUGACGCCGCUGCGGGAUUGCUUCAUGAUCCCCGGGGACGCCACCCUGGACUUCAACACCAUGUCGGAGAUCAUGAAGAGCGGCUACACGCGCAUCCCGGUGUUCGAGGGCGACCGGUCCAACAUCGUGGACCUGCUGUUUGUCAAGGACCUGGCCUUCGUGGACCCGGACGACUGCACGCCGCUCAAAACCAUCACCAAGUUUUACAGCCACCCGCUGCAUUUUGUGUUUAACGACACCAAGCUGGACGCCAUGCUGGAGGAGUUUAAAAAAGGAAAAUCCCACCUGGCCAUAGUUCAAAGAGUGAACAAUGAAGGCGAGGGAGACCCCUUCUAUGAGGUUCUGGGAAUUGUCACCCUGGAGGACGUUAUUGAAGAAAUAAUCAAGUCAGAGAUCCUGGAUGAGACUGACUUGUACACCGACAACAAGACGAAGAAGAAAAUCACCCAUCGGGAGAGGAAGCAGGAUUUCUCGGCCUUCAAGCCCACCGACAAUGAAAUGAAGGUUAAAAUAUCACCUCAGCUUCUGCUGGCUACCCUGCGUUUCCUAGCUACAGAGGUGGAGCCGUUCUCUCCGGUGCAGAUGUCAGAAAAGAUCCUGCUGCGAUUACUGAAGCACCCGAACGUCAUCCAGGAGCUGAAAUAUGACGAGAAUAACAAGCGGGCGGCCGAACACUACCUCUUCCACAGGAACAAGCCUGUGGAUUAUUUCAUCCUCGUCCUGCAGGGGAAAGUGGAGGUGGAGGCAGGAAAAGAGGGGAUGAAGUUUGAAGCAGGACCGUUCUCCUUCUACGGGAUGAUGGCUCUGACAGUGUCACCAGUGCCGCUGUCCCUGUCUCGUACGUUUGCAGUCAGUAGAGCAGAGUCGUUAGCAGGAUCUCCAGAGAAUAAGUCCCCUCCGCGGUCAUUUGGCCUGAACCACUCAGAUUCCCUGAACAGGAGCGAUCGCAUAGAGGCCAUCACGCCGACGCUCGGCAGCAGCAACAACCAGCUCAACUCCUUCCUCCACAUCUACGUCCCCGAUUAUUCUGUCCGGGCGCGAUCGGACCUGCAGUAUAUCAAGGUAACGCGACAACAGUACCAGAACGCCGUGAUGGCGUCAAGGAUGGACAAGACCCCUCAGUCCACCGACAGCGAGUUCACCAAGAUCGAGCUCACGCUAACGGAGCUUCACGACGGAGUGGAGACCCCGACCAUUGUUACCACCGCAGCAAGUACCUCCCCCGCCGUGGCCCUCGCCAUGGCCAACGAAACGUCCCACCUGCUGAUCCAGCAGCAGAACUGUGUGGGCCUGAGCCGGAGCAACCACAGCGCCCACAACGAAGGACCCAUCUAGCCCUCGCCCCCCUGCUGCGUCCGGCGGAGAUAGAGACCCUCCACCUUGUCCCCCUGGGCACGCAUGGAGCAGUGGCGUUAAGUGGAGAGGAGGUGAAGUGGGCGGAGUAAGGGUUCUCUGCUCCAACCUGAAGCCCCACCCACCCCGUUCAGUCAGCGAGACCUUUCCAUUACGUGGGGGUGGGGUGGCAGAUGGGAUGAUGGGUGCUGAAAAGUCCCAAGCCCCAGAGCUCCCCGCUGUACUGACAGAACCAGUGAAAAUAGUUUCUUGUACGGUGAUAAUCCGUCCUUUUCAUAGAGGCGACUCAUACCGGAGGACCACGGAGUGCAGGGCGGUAACACAAAGCUUGCUGGACUUUCUCCUCAGGCCAAAGACUUUGGUCCCCCCCCCCCCCCAAAAAAAAAGAACAAAAACAAAAUACCCCCACCCCCCCACCGACCCGUCCCACAGCAACUCAGAAACCAACCCUCCGCUCCGGUGCAUCCUUCAGGGAGGCUCAGGCGUCUGUUGCUCCCAUCAGACUCUCACACAGAGCCGACGGUUCGUCACAAACUGCACCAAAAGAAACCGUUAAACCCGAGAACCAAGAAUGUUUUCUUCUUGUAUUUAUUUAUUUUAUAAUAUUGUUUGUAUAUAUGUACUCAUGGAGAGGUGAUAAUGAACAAAAAGCAUGCGUUCCCAGAUCAUGCUGCGUAUAUAUGAACAUCCACUCAUGUAUAUGAGGAGGUGAGGGUCUUUUACAGAAACACUAUGUACAUUACAGAUCUUAUUAUUUUUACUAUUAUCCUAAAUCAGGCUUAUAGUAUUUUUUUCACCUUAAAAAAAAAAAAAUCACACUAUUGCCUUGAAGAGAACGUAUAUAAUUAGUUACUUUAACAACGUGCAAUGAACCCUGAUUUAUUUAAGAGAUGAUUAUAAGAGAAGAUAAUAAAGUGUAUUAUAAAUUGACAGAUAUAUUUUUAUGUUUGUGCUGUCUGUAUAUUUGUUUCUGAGACGUGCUUAACUGCAGCCAUGUGGUGUGUCUCUUUGUCUGGGUCUCCGUCACGUUUUUUUUUUUUUUAAAAACCUCAAGCACGUCCGGCUCAUGCGAUGCCUUAACCAGUUACUGCAGCAUAUUUUGGGCGAGGGGGUGGUGCGGGUGAAAGUGCCAACAGAUAAAGGUGUCUAUGCAUGUGAGGUUGUGUGUUUUUGUAUGCCUUUUGUUCAAACGUCACGCAUAGUCAAACAUGAGAACUGCACAGUAUUAAUGACCUCGUCCUAACACGUCAGAAAGAGCAACCUCCACAUUAAAUGAUGCACAGCUAACGCUUCUCCGCUGUUUUUCUUAUGAAUGUUUUCUUUUUAUCCUGGUAUUUUAGUUUUUUUUUUUUUGUUUGUUUUGUUUUAUUUUUUGGGACAAUGUGACAGAGACCAGGCUUUGAUUCACUGUUUUGACUUCCCUACAGAAUGUAGUUCAUAACCCGAGCUUAUUAAUUACUGAGUUGAUACAGAUCAGAUUUUAAGAUGUUCUUCAACAAUGCUGGCUGCUAUUAAAGAGAGAUAUUUAUACAUUG